CGGGCGCGAUGGCGGCGCUGGGCGGGGACGGGCUUCGCCUGCUGUCGGUGUCGCGGCCGGAGCGGCAGCCCGAGUCGGCGGCUCUGGGCGGUCCAGGCCCCGGUUUGUGCUGCUGGGUGUCCGUGUUCUCUUGUCUCAGCCUCGCCUGCUCCUACGUGGGCAGCCUCUACGUCUGGAAGAGCGAGCUGCCCAGGGACCAUCCUGCCGUCAUCAAGCGGCGCUUCACCAGUGUCCUGGUAGUGUCAAGUCUCUCGCCCCUCUGCGUGCUACUUUGGAGGGAACUUACAGGCAUCCAGCCAGGCACAUCCCUGCUCACCCUGAUGGGAUUCAGGCUGGAGGGCAUUUUUCCAGCAGCGCUGCUGCCCUUGCUGCUGACCAUGAUCCUUUUCCUGGGCCCACUGAUGCAGCUCUCUAUGGAUUGCCCCUGUGACUUGGCAGAUGGGUUGAAGGUUGUCCUAGCCCCUCGCUCCUGGGCCCGCUGCCUCACUGACAUGCGUUGGCUGCGGAACCAAGUGAUCGCCCCCCUGACAGAGGAGCUGGUGUUCCGGGCCUGCAUGCUGCCCAUGUUAGCACCGUGCACCGGCCUGGGCCCUGCUGUGUUCACCUGCCCACUCUUCUUUGGAGUUGCCCAUUUUCACCACAUUUUUGAGCAGCUUCGUUUCCGCCAGAGCAGUGUGGGGAGCAUAUUCUUGUCUGCAGCGUUCCAGUUCUCCUACACAGCUGUCUUCGGUGCCUACACUGCUUUCCUCUUCAUCCGCACAGGCCAUGCCUUCUGCCAGGCUUCCUCAUCACGGCCACCUCCAGCCACACCAACCUUGCCUUGCGCUCACACGCCCUCACCUCUGCACGUGCCUGGAUCUGUCACCCCAUCUGUACUCCAUGGGGGAAUAAGCUCUACAGGGGCAGGAACCAGGCCCCUCUGGUUCCUGAUGUACCCAGCUCCCCGCAGAGAGUGGCACGUGAUGGACGCCAGUAAAUCCACGACACAAGACCAGAGUGCCCGACCUGGUUCCCAGCCCUCAGCGCUCCCACCCAAGCCCCGGAUCUCGGAGGCAGAAAGCUGGGAACUCCCACUGCCAACGCACACACACCCCGGGGGCCCCUCCUCGGCUGAGCCGAGCUCGUCCCGGGCCACUCUUCCAGGGAAACGGCCCGGUAGGGACAGAAGCGGGACGGCGGGGCCACCGACGCGGCCAGGACCACUGACGCACAGCUUCAAACAGCGUGCCACCGCCGGCCUGCUGGGAAACCUCGCGGCGCAGACCAAUCGGGCCGGAGGCGGAGGCCGGUUGGUUCCCGAGCGCGCCAGGCGGGGCAGGAGCCAGGGAAGGAGGAGGGAGGGGCCGGCAGCGGGGGCGGGGCACGGCGCCAGCCCCGAGGCCGAGCCUUCUCGGCCCCACCCCGCGGGAGCCCUGCCGGGGGACCUCGCCCCAAACCCUGCCCUCCCCCCGCAGGGCCCGUGCCUGGUGGGGACCCUCCACGUGACUUGGUGAUGCAGAACGGUUAUGACCUUCAGCGUGUGUCUGUGAAUGUGAGGGUCCCAGCAACAGUGCGGGUUUGCAACCGGCCCUGCCUGUGGGUGCGGGGACGUGUGGGUGUGUGGGCAUGUGUGGGUGUGUUGGGGAGGGUGCCCAGCGACAUGUGACAAAGACUCUCGUCUCUGGGAGAUGGUGAAGGGGCCCGCGAGCUGGCGCUUUGUCUGGCUGUCUGCAGAGUGACGGUUCGCGCAGCGGCAGCAGGCUCCCGAGCGGUGCAGGAUGCCGGGGCGCCAGGGUGGCCGGGGGCGCGCGCGCCUGUGCCAGGGUGAGUGCGCUGCGGCAGCGCCGGGGGGCUGCGCGGCGGG